AUGGCCUACGAAGACAUUUCAUACUCGGACAAGUACUUUGAUGACAAAUAUGAAUACAGACAUGUGAUCCUGCCGUCCAAAAUUGCAAAACAGGUGCCCAAGAACCACCUGAUGACAGAAACUGAGUGGAGGAACCUGGGUGUUCAGCAGUCACCUGGCUGGAUUCACUACAUGGUUCAUGCACCUGAGCGACAUGUUCUUCUUUUCCGACGCCCUUUGCCACAGCCAGCAAAUCAAGGCGAUAUUGGUCAGCAAGAAUCUGUUGCGGUAGGGUAG